AUGCAAAUGUGCCGGGAUAUACCAUAUAAUAUGACGUUAUUCCCGAAUAUUUUGGGACAUACCAAAGAAGAAGACGCAUCCCUUGAGAUCCAUCAAUUUUUGCCUUUGGUUAAGGUGAAAUGUAGCGAAGAUCUGAAAUUUUUCCUUUGUACCAUAUAUGCACCUGUAUGCACUGUACUUGAACGGCCAAUACCACCAUGUCGGCAUCUCUGUUUAUCUGCCAAAAAUGGUUGUGAAAAUUUAAUGAACAAAUUUGGCUUCAAGUGGCCACCUUUGUUGGCGUGCGAGCGUUUUCCCGUGGAUGGUAUGUGCGUCGGAGAAAAUAAGCCGGAUAUGAGCACCGAGGCACCGCAUUUGCGAUCGCGAAGCCCAGUUACACAAAUUGAAUGCCCGCAUACUAUGCAGGUUAUUAGCAAAUCAAGGUAUUCCUUGAAAAUUUCGAACACCACAUUAGAGCAAUGCUCAUUACCGUGUUCUGCCGAUAAUCUAGUGCCGAUGUUUUUCGAUACUCGAAUAAGACGAUAUUUGCGAUUUUGGACAGGUGCUUGGGCAGUAGCAUGUUGUGCCAGCUCACUUUUUACGGUAUUAACAUUCUCAAUCGAUAUGGCGCGUUUCCCUUAUCCAGUUAGACCUAUUCAUUAUUUGGCAGUAUGCUAUCUGUUUAUAUCAUUCGUCUACAUGAUUGGUUUGGUUGCGGAGGAUAAAAUAUCCUGCUCGGCUAUUUCAGCUAGCAGCAGUCCACUAGUUUCUCAAGGUAUCGACAAUUUCUCGUGUACAGUUGUUGCAGUUACACAUUAUUAUUUCAGCAUGGCAAGUGGUAUAUGGUGGGUGAUAUUAUGUUUAGCUUGGUUUCUGGCAGCAAAUCUGAAAUGGGCUCAGGAAUCAAUUGAAAGCUUAGCUUCAUAUUUUCAUGUUCUUGCUUGGGGCAUCCCAGCAUUUUUAGCAAUUAUUAUUCUUGUUACGAAUACUAUCGAUGGUGAUCUAUUCACAGGAAUUUGUUCAGUAGGGAAUUUGAGACCAUCCGCACUUUUCAAUUUUGUCUUUGUGCCAAUAUUCGUAUGCAUCGCACUUGGUUUAUUAUUGCUGGGAUGCGGCAUUAUUUCAAUGCUUCGGAUACGCCGUUACAUCAAAUUCAAGCAUAGCGAUAUUGACCAGAAUAUUCGGAAAUUGGAAAAACUUAUGCUCCGCAUAUCAGCAUUUGCUUUCAUGUAUACCCUUCCAACAAUGGUUAGUGCUGCAUGCAUCGUCUACGAAGCAUUUAUGAUGGAAAGUUGGUUGGCUAAUUGGUUGGCUAUCCGAUGCACGCGUCCUGAUCGCGCUGCUUUUGGUUUUGCGCAACCACGUCAAACGUGUGUGCCACAAACAGACGUUAGACCACCAGAUUUAUUGAUUUAUUUUUUCAAAUAUUUAAUGCAACUUGUGGUCGGCAUAACAUGUGCUGUAUGGGUAUGUAGCAGUAAAACAUUGAGUAGUUAUUCACAAGCAUAUGCCAGGAUUGUACACGGCCGAUCUCAAGUACCAACCAUCGUUCAUUAG